GGCGUGUCCCGUCCUCUCCUAGGCUGAGGUUCUCUUCACGCAAUGGCGUCAAGCCCCCCUCGAUGGUCCGAGAAAGACGGGCAAGUCAAUGAUUGUCGAGAGCGCAAGAAAACGAAUGUUCAUGUAUGAGGUUGAGGGUUGGCAAUGUCACCUGCCUGCGACCGCUGCCGGGCGCUCAAAACAAAAUGCACCUUGAUUCAAGGGACGACCAUCUGUUCCAAAUGCAAUCGCUCUUGCAGGGAAUGCCGGUGGACACAACACCGUCCAGAAACACAUGGCCCUCCCAAAAAACGCCAGACACUCGAUAGGAUCGUGCAAAAGCUCAAUCGUCUCAUCAGACUGGCAACAAACAUCAUCUCCGAGCAGCCGUCUCACGUGGCCGUACAGUUGUCGACAGAAGCUAACGGCCAGGCCGAUCCAACAACUGACAAUAGUGGUGUGGCGGUCUGCCACUCCCGGCCAAACAGCAAGCGGUAUCCUGGAACCUAUUUUCCCACUUGUACGACCAAAUCCCAUGAUCUUGGCCGUAAUUCCCUAGGCCAGCGCUCCCUCCUCGUAUGGGACGUUCUUUGUCUGCAUGCCAGAGUAGACACAGCAAAGACCUUGUUGACUUUCCAGCAGGGCCCGGAGCGUUGUUCCAAGUCAAUGUUGAGACAACGCUACGACUUCUUCAUCCGAUACACCCAAGAGCUUCUUCCACGGGUGAGCACGUUAUACUCGUUGGCAAAACGGAAAAGGAUCCAAAGUGUGUCUCUCCACCCGUUGAUGCUGCUCGACAGCUGCAUAGGGUUCAUGAUCAUGUUGGCGACCAUACUAGGAGACAACUUUGCCUUGAAGCACCAUUACGGGGUGUGGCAGUCUGAAAUGUUCACUUAUCGUCAUGCCCUAAAAUCCACAACGCGAUUGGCGUCCCUCACCAAUCCUUACGGUGUCAAUAUACACAUCAAUCCGUUUUCUGGAAUCGUCGAAAACAAUCAGCCAGGGUCCUCGUCGAUGGUCACUGAAGAUUACUUCCAGCAUCUCAAGACAAUGUCUGGCUGUCGUGAGGCAAUGGAUCUUCGGGCCGAGGAGCACUUGACUCCACAAUUACACCCGCUUGACGGUGGGUUUGAAGUGCUCGCUAGAUUUCUCGUCUUUGUAAACAAGUUCGACGGCUGAGACACAUGUUCUCUUCCCUUUUCCGAUUCAAGGGGCAAACCUAUCUUAAACAUGGCCAACCGCUAGGCACAUGAUGGAUUCUAGGAAGUGGCUUAAGCCAACACAUUGUGGUUGCUCAAGCUUAGGGACCAGACCAAGGCCGAUUCCACGACUUGAAGGAACACAUUUUCUCUGCUCAUCUUCUCCUCAACGAAGCCUCCUCUGGCUCGCCGAUUUCAGCCACGGCUUCCCUUUGACAGCCAGCGUCCAAUUCAUGGACAACAAGAUGAUGUGUUUUAGCCUCGCCACCUGCUUCAUACCUAUUGUCUCCAUCCAUUCUAGCCUCUUUCUCUAGUAUGACUCGUUGCGACCGCCACUCCUGUGAAUUCCUAACACUCCCCUCCCUGGAUCCUCCUUUGUGUUUCUUGCGGAGAAAUACGGUGACUGUGACUGCGACUAUCACCAACAGAACGACACCUCCGACAGUACCACCGACAAUUGGACCCAGAGGUGUCGAACCGCCAAUGGAGGCAGAGGUAGUGGACGAAGGUGAUGGUGAUUCUGCAGUCGAGGAGGGAACAGCCUCAGAAGGAGCAGAAGGCGCUUUUGUGUAGGAAAAGUUGAACAUGGAAGCCAUCGACUCGUCUUCCCAAGUAGGUUCGCGGUAAUGGUUGGAGUAGUAUGACUCUAUCACAUGUGGCAGCUCAUAGGGAGCUGCUUCGGCGUCGUAAUGGUCGGUCCAAGCGAAGGAGCUGAGGUCAAAAAUCCCAAUGCCUGAUACCCAGGGAUCCUGAGCCACCCCAAGGCUCUGCCGUGAGGACGGUUGAUAUCCACCGAUGGAAAUCAUCUGUCGAUUUCCGACCAAGGAGCAGGCAUGAGCUGCCCGCCGGACGGUGGUGCUUGAAUUGGACUUGAACCAAACAAAUCCCGGUAGAGAUAGGACAAAGACAUUCAAGUAGCCCUCAUGGUUCGGUGCCCCCCAAUCACUUGUUUGGUUGACGGAUCCGCC